AUGAUCCCAAAGAUGAUCCAGGCCGGCACCGACAUCUUCCGGCUGAACUGCUCCCACCGACGUGGCGGCGACUUCGAGCGUGUCUAUCCGCUGAUCCGCAAAGCAGCAGCAGAUUUGGGAAAGAAGGUGGAAUGCCUGGGAGAUCUCCAGGGCCCAAAGUUCCGCGUUGGGGAGCUGGCCGAUGAGCCCAUCCCGCUGAAGGAUGGCGAGGUCCUGGAGUUUGGAAUCUGCAAGGACGACAACGACAUGAUCCGCCCUGGACGGAUCACCAUGAAGCCAACGACCGAGCAAAAUGCUUUGGUUCGGGCCUGCAAGCCAGGCACCCCUUUGCUUCUCGAAGAUGGCAUCAUGGAGGUGAAGGUGAUUGAAAAGUGCUCCGACACAGAGCUCAAGGUGCAGGUGGUUCGUGGCGGGAAGCUGAAGGCCCGCAAGGGUGUCAACGUGCCAGAGGUGCAGAUCGACUGCGCUGCCCUGACGGAGAAAGACAUCGAGGAUGCGGAGUUCCUCUUGAAGCUCGACCCCCCGAUCGAGUACAUCUGCGUGUCCUUCGUGCAGAAGGAUCAGGACUUGCAGGAGCUCAUCGACAUCAUGGACCGCUUGCAGAUCCCGCAGGAAAGGCGGCCGAAGAUUUGCCCAAAGAUUGAGAAGCCACAGGCUCUCACCAACAUCGAUGGCAUCAUCGCCAAGUCCCAGGCCCUGAUGGUUGCCCGUGGCGAUCUGGGCGUGGAGCUGGAGCUCGAAAGGGUGCCCUUCGCGCAGAAGCUCUUGAUCAGGAGAGCCAAGGACGCCGGCCUCUUCGUCAUCAAUGCUACUCAGAUGGUGGAGAGCAUGAUCGAGCAGCCUGUGCCCACGCGGGCCGAGGUCAGUGAUGUGCAGAACGCCAUCUGGGAUGGAGCAGAUGCGGUGAUGCUCAGCGGCGAGGCGGCCAGUGGCAAGUACCCCUGUGAGGCCGUCCGUGCAGAAGCAGAUGCCGCCCUUGAAGCUGAGAGCGUGAAGCACCUCUUGGUCCCACAGGUCUAUGACGACUAUGUUGUGGACGAAGCGAACAAGCCGCGCGAGUUGGAUGACAGCCGAAGGAGGACCAAGAUCGUGGCAAGCCUGGGCCCUGCAUCCUGGAGCGACGACAUGCUGGCGAAGAUGAUCCAGGCUGGCACAGACAUCUUCAGACUCAACUGCUCGCACCGACGCGGCGGUGAUUUCGAGCGAGUCUACCCUGCCAUCCGCCGUCACUCAAAGGAGCUGGGCGUCAACGUUGAGUGCCUGGGAGACCUUCAGGGACCCAAGUUCCGGGUGGGUGAGUUGGCCGGCGAGCCUGUCGAGCUGCAGAACGGAGACAUCCUGGAGUUUGGCAUCUGCAAGGACGACAACGACCUCAUCAAGCCGGGCCGCAUCACCAUGAAACCAACAACUGAGCAGAAUGCCCUGGUCGAAGCGUGCAAGGUCGGCACAGUUCUGCUCAUUGAAGAUGGGCUCAUGGAGGUGAAGGUGACAGAGAAGAUCUCCUCCACGGAGCUCAAGGUGGAAGUCACUCGCGGCGGGAAGCUGAAGGCACGCAAGGGCGUCAAUGUACCGGACUUGGAGAUCGACUGCGCCGCCUUGACGGCCAAGGACGUCUCCGAAGUUCCAGGGCCAGCCAUUGCAGCGAGAGACAAGCACGGCCCGUGCGUGUCAACUGCCAAAGAGAAGCAGUCCUUGCUCGGUAGCAUCUGCUUCGAACCGACCCUGGAUCUUGAUGUAGAGUACAUAGGCAUAGGAGACAUCGAGGAUGCGGAGUACCUGCUGCAGCUGGAUCCUCCUAUUGAGUACAUCUGCGUGUCCUUCGUGCAGAAGGGCCAAGACCUCCAGGAGCUCAUUGACAUUAUGGACCGGCUGAAGAUCCCGGCAGAGCGUCGGCCGAAGAUCUGCCCAAAGAUUGAGAAGCCGCAGGCCCUGACCAACAUUGAGGGCAUCAUCGCCAAGUCCCAGGCCCUCAUGGUGGCCCGAGGCGAUCUGGGCGUGGAGCUGGGCCUCAACCGAGUGCCCUUUGCGCAGAAGCUGCUCAUUGCGCGGGCCAAGCAGGCCGGACUCUUCGUGGCUCUGCAGCAACAGGUGAUCAACGCCACGCAGGUCGUGGAGAGCAUGAUCAAGAAUCCCGUGCCCACCCGCGCGGAGGUCAGCGAUGUGUGCAAUGCUGUGUGGGACGGAGCCGAUGCAGUGAUGCUGUCGGGAGAAGCGGCCAGCGGCGACUUCCCAUGUGAAGCUGUCAUGGCCGAAGCUUCUGCAGCUCGUGAAGCUGAGUCCGUUAAGCACCGGCUGAGGCGUGCAUGCCCGCCUGUGGAAUCGGGCGCCAUGGCUCCUCCGAUGCUGCAUGUUAACAUGGGCAACAAGAAGCAGGAGACAGAUGACUCCCUGCGAAAGACCAAAGUCGUUGCAAGCCUUGGCCCUGCUUCCUGGAGCGAGGAGAUGAUCCCCAAGAUGAUCGAGGCCGGCACUGACAUCUUCCGCUUGAACUGCUCCCACCGCCGUGGCGGCGACUUCGAGCGGGUCUACCCGCUGAUCCGCAAGACUGCGCAGGAGCUCGGCAAGAAGGUCGAGUGCCUCGGCGAUCUCCAGGGUCCGAAGUUCCGUGUUGGAGAGCUGGCUGGAGAUCCAAUCGAGCUCGUGAACGGCGAGGUCUUGGAGUUCGGUAUCAGCAAGGAUGACAACGACAACAUCCGGCCCGGGCGCAUUACCAUGAAGCCUACCACGGAGCAGAAUGCCCUGAUCGCCGCCGCCAAGGUUGGAAUAGAUCUGCUGUUGGAAGACGGCAUCAUGAAGGUGAAUGUCGUGGAGAAGCUCAGCGACACGGAGCUGAAAGUGAAGGUCAUCCGUGGUGGAAAGCUCAAGGCCCGCAAGGGUGUCAACGUUCCAGACGUUGAGAUUGACUGCGCAGCGCUGACCACCAAAGACGUCGAGGAUGCCGAGUUCCUGUUGCAGCUUGACCCUCCCAUCGAGUACAUCUGCGUGUCUUUCGUACAGAAGGGACAGGACCUCCAGGAGCUCAUCGACAUCAUGGACCGGCUCAAGAUUCCACAGGAGAGGCGACCCAAGAUCUGCCCGAAGAUCGAGAAGCCCCAGGCUCUCACCAACAUCGAUGGCAUCAUCGCCAAGUCCCAGGCCCUGAUGGUUGCCCGAGGUGAUCUGGGCGUGGAGCUGGAGCUCGAGAGGGUGCCCUUCGCGCAGAAAUUGCUCAUCCGCAAAGCCAAGGAUGCCGGGCUUUUUGUCAUCAACGCUACGCAGAUGGUCGAGAGCAUGAUCGAGAGCCCAGUCCCGACCCGGGCGGAAGUGAGCGAUCUGCAGAAUGCCAUCUGGGACGGUGCCGAUGCGGUGAUGCUGAGCGGAGAGGCUGCCAGCGGCAAGUUUCCUUGCGAAUCGGUCGCAGCAGAGGCAGCUGCAGCCCUCGAAGCUGAGAGUGUUAAAGAUCUGUUGAUGCCACGACUGGGCAUCGACUACUUCUGCGACGAGGGCAACAAGCCGAGGGAGAUGGACGACUCCAAGCGCCGGACGAAGGUCGUGGCCAGCCUGGGCCCAGCAUCUUGGAGCGAGGAGAUGAUCCCCAAGAUGAUCGAGGCCGGCACUGACAUCUUCCGCUUGAACUGCUCCCACCGCCGUGGCGGCGACUUCGAGCGGGUCUACCCGCUGAUCCGCAAGACUGCAAAGGAGCUCGGCAAGAAGGUGGAGUGCUUGGGCGACCUCCAGGGCCCGAAAUUCCGCGUCGGGGAGCUUGCCGCGGAUCCCAUCCCCCUGGUGAACGGCGAGAUCUUGGAGUUCGGAAUCAGUGUCGAUGACAACGACAACAUCAAGCCGGGACGCAUCACCAUGAAGCCGACGACAGAGCAAAACGCCCUUGUCAAGGGCUGCCAGGUUGGCACGACCUUGCUGAUUGAGGACGGCAUCAUGGAGGUGGUGGUCACUGAGAAGAUUAGCGACACGGAGCUGAAGGUAAAAGUGGUCCGGGGAGGCAAGCUCAAAGCCAGGAAGGGCGUGAACGUGCCGGACAUCGAGAUCGAUUGCGCAGCCCUCACUGUCAAAGACAUCGAGGAUGCGGAGUUCUUGCUGCAGUUGGAUCCUCCCAUCGAGUACAUCUGCGUCUCCUUCGCUCAGAAGGCCCAGGACUUGCAGGAGCUCAUCGACAUCAUGAACAGGCUGCAAAUCCCACCUGAGAAGAGGCCGAAGAUUUGCCCGAAGAUUGAGAAGCCACAGGCGCUGACCAACAUCGAAGGAAUCAUCGAGAAGUCAGAGGCCUUGAUGGUUGCUCGCGGGGACCUUGGUGUUGAGCUUGGACUCAACCGCGUGCCCUUCGCACAGAAGAGUCUUACAGUUUCAGAGCCAACAACAGAUGUACAUGAUGAAACGACAAUGGUUCAAGCACGUCGAGCUAUGGGCAUCCGGUUUACCAUCCUCAGCGCCAUGGGAGACCAGGGCUACUCAAGCUUUCAGAAGAGCCCCAUACGGGGCCGCCCCAAUGUGAGCAAACUGGUGCCGAAAAAGCUGACGCGCUCGACCACGGAUGACUCCCAGACCGCCAUCAACCGCGUGGUCCACGAAGCUUUAGCGCGCGGAGGCACAGUGUCUUCACCUGAGGUUGCUGAGGAGGUGCAGCAGAGGGUGGCUUUGGUGUUGCAGGCGAAGGAGGACGAGCUCACAGGCAAAAUCACCCACCAACAGCGCUUGCAGCUGAUCAAGCUGGUGGCUACCCUGUCAGCAGAGGAGUACUUUGAGGAAGCGAGGCGACUGCAGAGCUCAGCCCGACAGGAUGCAGAGCAGAAGGUCAACAAAUCGAGCUCGAUGCUGCCAGUCCUCUGGCGGCGCAUGCUUUGCAGCUGCUUUUUGGGCCAGGAGGAGGUUCUGGGCCUGGGAGCCUGCUGCCGCUUUCUCCGACAAGACCACGCCCUUGGUCUCCAGAGUUUCGUGCUUCCCAGCCACCUCGAAGGGUUGGAAGACACAGUGACUACGGCACGCUUGGCAAUGAAGCCGCUGCCUCUGCCAGCGCUUAAGCGACUCGUGUCGAAGUUCCGCUAUGCACAGAAGCUUGUUUGCAGCACGAGAUGCUGUCGUCUUCAGGAUUCUGAUCUGGAGCUCCUGCCAUUGGCCCAGCUCAGGGUCCUGGACCUCAGCUUCUGCUACAACUUGAGUGAAGAAAAGCUGCUGGAGGGCCUGCGCUCUACUCUCUGCCUCUCAGACCUGAGUUUGCGUGGCUGUUCGCAGCUCAUAUCACCUGGCACAGAAGAAGCCCUUGCGGACUUGAAGGGUCUGACCUCGCUGGAUGUACGUGGCUGCAGCAACCUGAGCAGCGAAAGUGUGAUGCGCUUGACGGCAGAGAACCUCAAGCAGUUGACAACAUUGAGGUUUGGCUACACCUGUACACCUCAACUCUGGCCGGAGCACCAGGCAAUGCCCUGCGAGACCUUCUCCUCGGAGACCUUCGCCGGGCUUGGGUCGAGCCGCUCCCUGCAGUGCUUGGAGCUGGACAUCGGUCUCAUGCAUCGUUGGGCGGAGCGAGGAGGAGCGCCCGUGGUGGACGAUGCCAUUGUGUCUUUGCUGUGCCUGAAGCAUCUUCAGGCCCUCAUGCUGUGGAACUGCAAGGACCUCCAGCCGAUGACUUUUCGGAGAAUCCUGGACCGGCUUGGCGAAGGCAUCGACACUGUUAGCAUCGACGACUGCUACCACGAUUACGAUGCCUAUUUCCAUGUCGUCCCAAGCGUCUGGGGCAUCCGCACUGCACAGGAGUUGGACAAGGGCGUGAGGUCAAAAGCAAUGCUGCCGCCUUCCAGCCCAACAGCAGGACGUGCCGUCCUCAUCGGGCACAAUGUUGCACGGGAUCGGGAAGCCGUGCUGGCGAAAACAGUCCAGCCACUCGUGGACAAGGGCUGCCAGCCGACCUCACUUGUGCUACAAUGUGAAGGAGAUUAUGACGGGGUGAUACAAUUGGCAAGCGACAGAACGGAGCAGAUUGAGCUCUUGACAUCCAUCAACAUAUCGGACGACUUCUUGGAGAGCUUCUUUUGCUCGAUGCUGAAGAGGUGUUCGCUAUUAAGGAAACUCGGCAUCCGCACGAAGGGUGCGAUGAUGUCUCUUGGCCAGCUCCGUGGAUACGAAGCCGUACUGAAAGUCGUGGCAGCCCACUGCCAGCAACUCGAAGUCUUUGACACAUGGUUGAUGACCAGCUUCGAUAGCCUCUCUAGUAGGCGUAUCGCAGUUGCUGUCGAAUACUAUGACCGGAACCCUCCCGGGGCAUCCUCUCCCGCUGUGCACUACGAUACAUUACGCGACUUCUUUGGAUCGUGUCCCCUCCUGACCACAGUGCGCUUGGUCCCGCCUUCAGCAGGACAGGACCGGGUCGCUUUUUGGAGGUUUUGCUCCGAUGCGGGCUUUCCGCAGAGCUCCUUGAUCCUGGGCGACUCGCCGCCCCGAAACCUCCCCCGGCCAGCUGUCGAGGUUGAGCCUGAAGAGCUUCAGAUCUUGCGGCAGGUGGACACGGCACUGGUCACCGAGCUGGCGAUUCUGAAGGGUUGUCCGCUGACAACGGCUAUGGCAGGCGAGAUCCUGCGGUUCACACAGCUCCGAAGGCUUGGACUGCAACAGAUGAACAACUGGCCUGUGCUUCGGGAGCUCCUCUUGGCCCUUGCAGAGCAUUGUCCGGACGUAGAGGAACUAUCUCUCAGCGACGUCACAGUUUCUGAAGGGGAAGUCUUUUUGGAGGCCUUGCAGCGGUUUAGACUCCGCAGCUUGAGCAUCAGAAAGCUGGUGCCGGAGAGCGUGGAGCAAAUGGUGGUGCAGGCGCUGCCAGGCUUGGUGCAGCUGAACCGCAGAACCCUGCAGAGUCUCGCAUGCAGCGGAGACCUCGGCAGCUCUGUGCUGUGCUCACUGGCAUCCAGGGCCCCACAUCUUCGCAGCCUUAUCGUUUCUACGAGUCUGGCCAAACAGAACGGAGAGGACAAAGAGGUUUGCAAAGACUUCGCUGGCAGCCAGGAAGAGCUCCUUCUCAAGCUCGUGGCCAGGCGCCCCAAGCUCGAGGAGCUUGAGAUUGCUUGGGUGAGGCAGCCGGACAACAAGCUCAGUAAGGAACAGGAGAGGCGGACCCUCUCGCAGGUGCUCCACCAUGCACCGAAUCUGAUGUAUUUGGGCUCCACGGACAUCAGCUUCUACACAGGCCUGCAGUACAACGACGGGCACGAGUUCAGUACUCCGCCGGCAUCUGAGUCUGACGACAGUGACUAG